UCGCGGGGCGGCGGGGUGCGGCGCGGAGCUUCCCCCGACGGCGGUGGCGGAGGCGGCGGUGGGGACGGAGGGGACGGAGACAUCGCGGUAUGACAUGACGGCACCGCUCGGCCUCCCCCCUCGCUGGUCCGACGGCUUGACCUGCCGCUGCGAGGAACCCCCCCGGGAGAAAAACCGCAUGGAAAGCUUAGGACACUGCCGGGAGGUGCUCCCACCGCCACCGGGGCUCGCCGUACCCACCGGAGCUCCGCCGGCGCCGCAGGGAGCGGCGUACGCCGAGUUGGCCGCCACGGAGCCCCCCCGGCAAUGCCCGUCGGGGGCGGCUUCCAGCGCUGCGCUGGGUUAUGGGUACCCCUUCGGAGGGGGUUAUUAUGGCUGUCGCCUGUCCCACUCGCAUGGGGUCAACCUGCAGCAGAAACCCUGCGCGUAUCACCCCGGAGAGAAGUACCCCGAGGCCGGGGGGCCGCUGCCCGGCGAGGAGCUGCCGUCGAGGCCGAAAGAAUUCGCCUUUUAUCCCGGUUUCGCCAGUUCCUACCAAGCGGUUCCCAGUUAUUUGGACGUGUCGGUUGUCCCGGGGUUGGGGGCUCACCCCGAGCCUCGGCACGACGCUUUGCUUCCCAUGGAAGGUUACCAGCAUUGGGCUCUUUCGAAUGGUUGGGACGGGCAAGUGUAUUGCUCCAAAGAGCAAUCGCAGUCGGCGCACCUUUGGAAAUCUCCUUUUCCAGACGUGGUCCCCCUGCAACCCGAAGUCAGCAGCUAUCGGAGGGGGAGGAAAAAGAGGGUUCCCUACACCAAAAUCCAGCUGAAGGAGCUGGAGAAGGAAUACGCCAGCAGCAAAUUCAUCACCCGAGACAAGAGGAGGAAGAUCUCGGCCACCACCAACCUGUCCGAGCGCCAGGUCACGAUCUGGUUCCAGAACAGGAGGGUCAAAGAGAAGAAAGUGGUGAGCAAAUCCAAAACAGCGCAUCUCCACCCCACCUGACAUCGCUGCAGGGAAGGGGGCGGUUAGAGGGGGGUGGGGGGGUGGGCAUUGAGAGGCGUCAAUAUUUAUCCGGUGGUUCGUGUGGCAACGGCAGCACCGGGACUCUGCAGAUCCGAACCCAUUAUUUAAACAUCGCCAUUAAGAAAUGCAAGGCUCAUUCCCAGCCCUCGCCCGCUCGCUCCCCGCAGCACCGACCGCAUCUUUCGAUGUAAUUCCUCUGCCCCACAUCUGACUGUGGAUCCCCCCCCACCACCACCACCCGAUUCUUCGCUCUGAGAAACGCAGCGAUGGGUCGGACUGUGUCUAUUUCUCAAAGGGAAUAAGCUAAGAGCGCAGUUCUAUUAAAGGAGAGAUGAGUCCCGACCGCCGCCCCGCAGCGCGGUGUGGUCCGUCCCCCCUCAAUGACCGCUCGUAUCUCGGGCCAUUUCACCCCCCCAUCCCGAUGUAAAUGUAUGGAGAACCCAUAACAAAAUGCAUCAGCUUCGUCUUUUCUCGGCGCUCAAGGCCGAAAAUCGCAGCUCAGGCCGCUGCUGAGGGAAGAGACCCAUUGCUCUGUGUCACAUCUCCACCCCCAACGCUGGUUUAGGUCCUACGUGGAAGUGAGUUCUGUACAGUGCUGUUUUCUCGGUCUGUUCUCAUGAGGGUUUCUGUAUCUCUACCCCGAAACUGGAAUUGCCUGUUCUCAGCCGCCAGGAUGGGGGGGAAAAAAUAAUGCACAAUAUUAUCUGUAGGGUUUAUUUCUUUCCCCUCUUUUAAACCGACUGAAUGUCCACAGUGUUUUUCGGAUAUGUAAAAGCAUCGGGGUUUUUUUGUUUUGUUUUGUUUUAAUUUUUAUUUUAUUUUUUAAUGUCGUGUAUAUGUACAGAAUAUCGUGGUGUCCAAAUGAUGUUGUACCGACCGCGGAUGACGUUUCUCCAUAAUAAAUCUCUUUCUUUUU